AGGAGAGAGUGAGACGGGGAGGGAGGAAAGAUCAGACCUCCCCUUUAACCUGUGGCAGCAGUAGCAGCGUUCUUGAUCCAUGACAGUGAAACAGCAAGUGCUUAGUGUCCAUAAGUCUGUGAGAUUCAUCUGGAGGAUUCAGCAUCCACGCUAAACUACCAGAUGCGAAGAGAUUAUUAUGAGGAAGCCAUUAGAGACUCUGGACCCUGCAAGGAAUCGGGGAGUAUAUUGUUCCUGUCAGGUUUAAGUAGAGUGGGCGUGUGAUCAUGUCCGGCGCUCCAUAGAUUUCAGACCACCGGACCCCCGAGCUGCCCGUCAACCAUGGAUCCAACGUUCCCCAGUGUCAAACUGGGGUCAGAUUGCACCCCUCUGCAGUGGAACAGCAAGCGCCAUCGAGUGCAUCAUGUCAGGAGGAAACUACGUCCUUCUCGGAUUUUUGGUUUUAUCCUGAGCAUCUCUGCCCUCUCAUUGUUCCUGUCUUGGAGUGCCUUUACUUUCACUUUGGGCCCAUUCCCAAGAUGGACGCCACUCACCUCUCUCACCAACCAUGAUGUACUUGCAGAGCCAGUGCCACACAGAACUGUCCUAUCUUCCGACGAAGAGCGCAAUGUUUCGGCAGAUGCGCCCAUUGCUAUGGCCUCGUCCGAUGAGCACAAGGGAGACUAUCCAGAGGAUCUGUUCACACUGGAGGAGAGGAGGCAAGGUGCAGUCGUGCUGCAUAUGUUCGGCAUGAUGUACAUGUUCAUUGCCCUUGCUAUCGUCUGCGACGAGUUUUUUGUCCCCGCUCUCACCGUAAUCACAGAAAAAGUGGAGAUCUCGGAUGACGUAGCGGGUGCCACCUUCAUGGCGGCUGGAGGCUCUGCUCCUGAGCUCUUCACCUCUGUGAUCGGUGUGUUCGUCUCACACAGCAACGUGGGCAUCGGGACCAUCGUGGGUUCUGCUGUCUUCAACAUCUUGUUCGUCAUCGGGAUGUGCGCUCUCUUUUCACGCGAGAUUCUCAACCUCACUUGGUGGCCUCUGUUCAGAGAUGUCAGCUUUUAUAUCAUUGGACUAAUUAUGCUUAUUGUUUUCUUCCUGGAUAACUACAUUACCUAUGUCGAGAGCAUUGGACUGUUACUCUGUUACGCAAGCUAUGUCACUUUUAUGAAGUACAACAUGACUGUAGAGACUGUAAUCAAGACUAAAUUACUCAGGAAUCAAGUGGAUGACAUUGAAGCUCCUCCUAAGGUUAUCAGUGCAGGAGAUGAUGAGAAUAAACUCUCGGCUAAACCCCGCCUCCAGAGAGGAGGAAGCUCCGCCUCCCUCCACAACACUCUCAUGAGAAACAGCAUCUUCCAGCUAAUGAUUCACACUCUCGAUCCUCUCAGCGACGGGAGGUUCAAGGAGAAGGCAUCAAUUCUACACAAGAUUGCAAGAAAAAAGGGACAAGAUGAGGCAAAUGGUGUUGUUGACAAGAAUCUUCCCAACAGCACUAAUGUGGAGGUUGAAGUCACUCCACCUAUGAAUGGCAGUGCUGGAGCUGAGGCUGAAGAGGAGGAAGAUGAAGACCAGCCUCUGAGCUUGGCUUGGCCAGACACACUGAGGAAGCAAGCAACAUACCUCUUCAUCUUCCCCAUCGUCUUUCCAUUGUGGCUGUCGCUGCCAGAUGUCCGCAGAGAUACAUCAGUAAAGUUCUUUCCGAUCACAUUUUUGGGAUCUAUUUGUUGGAUUGCUGUUUUCUCUUACCUGAUGGUCUGGUGGGCUCAUCAGGUUGGUGAGACUAUUGGAAUCACAGAAGAGAUCAUGGGUUUGACUGUUCUAGCGGCUGGUACCUCCAUUCCUGAUCUCAUCACCAGUGUUAUUGUUGCCCGGAAGGGUCUCGGCGACAUGGCCGUCUCCAGCUCAGUCGGCUCCAACAUAUUUGACAUCACUGUGGGCCUGCCUUUUCCAUGGUUGGUCUUUUCAAUCCUGAACGACCUGACUCCAGUGACCGUGAGCAGCAACGGCCUGUUCUGCACCAUCGUUCUGCUCUUCCUCAUGCUCCUCUUCGUCAUUAUCUCCAUCGCUGUGUGCAAGUGGAAGAUGAGCAAGCUGCUGGGUUUCUUCAUGUUCCUGCUCUACUUUGUGUUCCUGGUGGUCAGCGUAAUGCUGGAGGACAAGAUCAUCAUCUGCCCGGUCUCCAUUUGAUUCCUUUAUCGUACACGCCCUUGUUCUUUUUCUGGGAACAGACUCUUAUUUAUUGGGCAUCCGAAUGAUAACAUGAGAGCUUGACCGCAGCUGCGCUGUGGCACUGCAUCUUUAUAUCCACCGAAGUCCCGAAGUUUGUUAUGGGAAAGUAGUGCAAUAUUCUGCAUGCACUCUCAAAAGCAGUACAUGUAGACUUGAUGUACUGUAGAUUUUAGCCAUAUUUAAUACGCUGUAUGAAGAGGAUGGACUUUAAGAGCAAGGAGACACAACAUCCAGUGAGGAGGUGGACAUCUAUGGGGAGUGUCCACAGACUCAGGAAAAGACCUUUGGUGAAAAUAUGCAAUAAUAAAUCAAUCACGAUCCUGGGACUGUGCUUUAAAGCUCAUGAUAUCAUAAGCCUUGUGUUGCACAAUAACUUGAAACAAAGCUUUAUAUUUGCUUUGCCUGAACGCUGGUCCUUUCUGAUUGUUACUUGAGCAUUUUCAUUCGGAGCAUAUCAUAUCUUUUAUUGAAUAGACUUGUAGACGUAGUCAGAAAUCUAUUCUUAACAAAAUAUUUAGGACUAAAUUUAAGAUUUAUGUUGUCGAAUUGUAUAUAAAACUUCUGUCCAUUUGGAUGACAAAGUUUUAACAAACUAAUAAACUUCAUGUAAUGCAUAUGAGGGUUAUUAUAGGUUAACUAAAACGGCAACGACAAAAAUAUUUUUGUUACUU